CAUCAUUGGCCGAACGCGCGCUGGCCACAACUCCGAAUGAUUCCUUCCAGCGCACAAAGAAGACGUCACAUCCAUCUUGUCCCGCGGUGAUCCUGCAUUGGUACUCUUCUCGUGCAACUGAAGUCUGCCUGUUUCGGAGACACAGCUAUCGAGUUUACUGUCUUGUCUUGGGGUCAACGGCUAUCUUCAAGGCAAUUGUUACCCUGGUCUUCCGGGUCAAUACUUAGCUCGCGCGUGGCAUACUUAGGCGCAUCGGCAACCGGUUCUACCUAGCCCAGUGUCGCAGAUCGUUAAGAGUACGACAAGCAAGAUGGCCUGCCCGAUCACGGUCACGAAGUUCGUCGGAACAGUGUCUCUGGGACUCUUGACGGGCCUGUCAUAUUCGACUGCCUCUAUCACCAUUCCUUCCUUGAGACUCCUUCCCACCGCUCCGGAUGCCACUCGCGCUCUGAGGGAGGUUAAGCGUCGCACCCGCAAGCACGCUCUUCAGCUCUCGAACUUGACCAAUGGCUGUAUCCUCUUCGCUUAUUGUCUUUCGUCCAAGCGACGCAAGCAUCCCUACUUGAUAUGGAUGGUUCUCACCUCCAGUAUUGGCUCUUUCGGAAUGGACUUUCUGUUCAACCGUAGCAAAGGUUUCGUGGGCUGGGCCCAGAUGGUCGUUGAGGACCUUGGAGUGCCAGCUCUUGCAGGAAAGAAGAAGGCAACGACAAAGAAGGAGGACGACCUGGUCGUUGUUGAGCCCGCAUCGGAAGUGAAUGGUGAGACCGUCGAGCAGGAGAUGGAGCAGGAGCGCAAGCUGCAGCGCGCUCGAGCCUGGCUGUCAGGCCUUGCUCUUGCCAUGGGCAUUGUUGGACUAUGGGGUGACGGUGCCUAAUUACCAUACGUCAAAUCCAAGUCUUCUGUCCCUAAUAUUCGAAGGCACGCCAACGCCUCGUGGGACUGGAUCGAAUUUGGAGCAUGGAAUAUUGUGGUUUUACAAGGCUGCACGGCUACACGGCGUUAACGGCACUUCCGUAUUUACAGCCAUCUGAAAGGGCCCAAGAUACUGCAUUUGUUUACUUUCUGCACACGCCAUACUUCUCUACUCAUAUAUAGUCUACUCAUGUAGUCUAGUCUCCUUGUAUCGCUCUUUUUGGAUCUUUCUUGAGGAUUA